AUGAAUUUAAACUUAAGCUUUGCCUACCUUAUUACAGUGAUGCAAACAUUAUUUAAUAGUUAAUUUGUGAUAUAAUUGGAUGAGUAAUACUAGUAUUAUUCAACUCCAUUAACUGUGAAUAUAAAUAAUUAUUAAAUGGAUGAUACUGGAAUUUAUGGAGUUUGGAGUCGAUAUAUCCCUCUAAGCACAAUCAAAUAAAUAGGAGUUUUUGGAAUAAUGGAUAGUAAAUGUUAUCAUUUGAAUUCUGCUAUGGAAAUAUAUACAAAAAGAAUCAAUUUUAUAUAUUUUGAUUGUCUGAAUGAGGAAAGCCUGAUAAUUACAAAACAUUUAUAAUUUAUAGAUGAUCAGAAAUAAUAACAUAAAUUUUCAGUAAAAAUAGAUCCUUCUAAAUAUGAAUAUUUUUGGUAUUAACUUAUCAUUUCAUUUGUUCCUUAAUAAAAUAGAUUUACAUAUUACAUAUUCUAAAGUAGCACUAUUGUUGAGAUUCAAUCUCUUAAAAUUAAAUUCCCUUAUUAUGAUGAAAAUCUUUUGCUUAUAUUUGGAGGUGGUUUAGAAAUAGAAGAAACUUAGCAAAUUUAAACUGAUUAUGAUUCUAAUUUUUCAUAUUAUCCAGGCUAAAUAAGUGUAUUAGAGUUCAACUAAAUAUCUUUGGCUGAAGAUUAAUAAUUUGAUUAUAUCGUAGGUUUAUCACCCUUAGAUCGAGAUUGUAUUUGUAUGGAAAGUUAAAAUCAAAUUAUUCCUGAUAUUGAUAUUAAUUGGCUGGAUCAAAAAUCUUUUACUUCAACUAAUAUAAAUUGUGAUUCAUUUGCUUUUUAAGCAUGGAUUAAAAUUACAGAGUACUAAUCAGACAAAGAAGAAUUUUUAUAUUAAUUAAUGAAGCUCUCAAGCAAUUUUGAGAGCUCAAAAUUAAAAGAUGAAAAUUUAGCUAAUUUUUAACUAUUCUAUUAAAUCUCUAAAUAAAAUAAUCAAAUUAUCAUUACAACAUACAAUUAUAGUUUUCCUUAUUUCAAUAUGGAUUUCAUAAAAAAUUCAUUUCUUAUUAAGAAAAGUUUUGAUAUACCAAAAAUGACAUUAUGGCAUUUUCUAUCUGUAAUUUUGUUAGAAAAUACAAUAAAAUUUAGUAUCACGAUAUAUGAUGGGAUGUUGAGAACUUAAUUGGAAUCAAUAUUUAAAGUCAAUCAGUUUCAUAUGGUUUAACUUAAAUUUGAAUAUGGAAAUAUUAUGAAACUUGAUUCUAAUUAUUUUAGAGUAAGCUUAAGAAAUAUGAAACUUUUAAAUUGUAUUUAUGAUGAGGAAUAUUAUCCAGAUUAAUCCUGUCAUUAUAGUUGUUUAGAAUGUGAAGGUCCAACUAGUAAUGAUUGUUUGUCUUGUUCCACUGAAUCUAAGCGCAUUUAUUUAGCAAAAUAUAAAAUUUGUCUAUGCCCUUAUUAUAUGAUUGAUAAUGAAGGUUGCUAAGACAAUUAAAAUUAUAAUUUACUAUUAUAAUAAUACGAGAAUUAAUAAUGUAAUUAUGGAUAUUUUAAUUAUAAUUAAAAUUGCUAAAGAUGGUAAUUUAUUUACAUCAUUUUUUAGUCCUUCUAUUAUAAAUGAUUAUGUUUUGACAUGCUUAGAAUGUUUAGAGCAACCUUAAAAUUGGUUAAAUGAUCCUUAUUGUGAAACCAAUUUGUAUUUAGAUAGAGAUGGCAGUCCAGCAAAGAUUUUUAAAGAUUCUAGCAAAACAUAUUAUGUUCUUUAUGAAAAUGAUUAUAAACCUUAAAAUUUUUUUAGCAAUGACUUACCAAUCAAAACAGAAGAAAUAUUUGCUGAUUAUUUGCUUACUUCUCAAUUUUUUGAAACUAAUUACAAACUUAUCAAUUUUACUAUCACACCAACGAACUCAUCAUGCCAUUUAUUUUAUUGUCUAUAAUGUGGCUAUGAAAUGACAAGAGUGAUUUGUUUAAAAUGCUAUUUAACAUCAUUUUUAAAGGAUGGAUAGUGUAUUAAAAGAUAUACUGGUUAAUAAAAAUUUAAUUAAUGCAUAGCUCCUUACUAUAAAACAUCUGAAAAUACUUGUAAAUUAUGCGAAAUAGAUAAUUGUAUUUAUUGUUUUGAAUAUCUAAGUAAUGAUUUAGCUAAAUGUACUCUAUAUCAAGGAUUUUAAACUUUCUCAAUAAAUGAAUAUCACAGAGUAGGAUGUGCUCUAUGUAAAAUUGAUUUUAUCUUUGAUUUUGAAAAAGGCAAAUGUAUUUAUGAAUUACCAAAAAUAAAAAAUUGCUUAAGAGCUUAUAAUGAUUUAACAGGGAGUUAAAUUUGCACUUUAUCAUUAAUUGAUGAUUUUUCUAUUUCCCCAGAAAUUUAAAAUUGCAAUAAAUACAUCUCUCAUUGCAAAUAAUGCGUUUAAACACCUUAAGAUACACUUAAAUGUAUUAUUUGUGAGGAUGGAUAUUCGAGCUCUUUUACAACAGGUCAAUGUAGUAUUUGUUCAGUUGAAAAUGUUAAAUUUUGUAUUGAUGGUGAUUUGAAAGAAUAAGAUUCUUGGAUUCAGUUGAUUUAGAGUUUCUUAAUGUAAUUUUUACCAGAUAAAUAUUUUUAUUCUAAAUCGCCUUCAUUAAGAAUUAUUGUUCCUUUACCAGUUAAGUGUAUAGAUGGAUAUGAAGUUAAUUAAAGUUUAUGCAAGAAAAGUUGCGCUAACAAUUGUGAAAUGUGUCAGAAAGAGAUCAUCCCUUAAAAUGGUUUUACUUGUUCAAAGUGCAAAAUUAAUAAAUAUAUGGAAGAAAAUCUUAGGUCAUUAGAUUAAGAAAAAUGUUUAGAAUGUCCAUAAUUAUGUUAAGUUUGUGAGAAAAGAACAAUUCAAGAAAUUUAAGUACUGUUUUUUAUUAUUUUUUAGAGAAUAAAUCCACUUUUUGUUAUAGAUGAAAAUUCUUAUAUAUUUACGCUGAAAUGUAUUAAAUCUUUUCCUUAUCCUAAUGUAGUUAUUGAUCAGAUUUCUUAAACAGCAAAAUACUGUUUUGAGUAAAAUUGUAAUAAUUAUUUGAAAUAUGAGGUAUUUUUUUUGUUUUACUAAGAUUGAAAAUGAUUGCGAUUAUAUAUUAAGUUUUUUUAAUACUACAAAACAUGAAUAAUUUCAAAAUAAGUUAGAUUUUCAGUAUCUAAAUUAGAUAGGGUUAUCAAUUUUUUAACUAAUUUUACCUUAUAACUAAAAUUGUACAUAUGUAGGAGGAUAUUUUAGUACAAGAAUCCUCUAUAACCUAAUUAAAAUGAAAGUAUUCUCUCUUAAACUAGUAGAACUAACACUUAAAGGAAAUAAUAAUCCUACAAGCUAUUUUAGCAAUAUUGCCACAUCUGAUUUUGAUUCCAUCUCAAUUGUUGAGGUUUCAUUUUAUGUGAAUCAAUUCUUUUCAUUGCGUUUUUUAAAUUAGAAUAAAUCUGUCAAUUUUAGCCUUUAAAAUUCAUCAAUUAUAACCUCAGAGGAUUCAAAAGCUGAAAUUUCAAUAAAGUCUGAUCUAUAUGACUCAUUUAAAAUAUAAAAUUUAACAUUUUAGAAUUUGAAUGUAUAAAAUUCAUUUAUCUUUGAAAUUAAUUCAAGAGAUUUUACUUUGAUUGAUACUAUAAUAAUUCAAAAUUGUGUAUUUGAUAAUACAACAUUGUUUUAUUUGCUUGAUACUUUCAAAAAAGUUAUAUAGAAUUUGAAGAUUAUUGGAUGUAAAUUUUAUAAUUCAACUAUUUUUAAUUUUACUUAAAAUUCUAAUUUUUAUCUACAAACUUAAAUUAAAGGUAUAUAUAUUCAUAAUUCAUAAUUUUAUAAUUCAUAGAUUUUAACUAGUAAUAUUUAUGUUGAUUUUCAGAUCACAUAAUCAACAAUAAAAAAUAGUUAGUUUAACACUUCUAAAUUUUUAAUAUUCAGUAAUAAUUUGAAUAUGGUUGAUCUUGUUAUUGAUUAAAAUGAUUUUUUCAAUUCAUUAUUCAUAGUCUAAAUUUCAUCUGUUUAAAACAUGAGCUAAAUUUAUUUUUCUGAUAUAAAGAUUUUACUAAAUUCUUUUUCUAAUUCUAAAGUUUUAUCUUUCGAAUAACAAUAACCCUUUUAUCUAUUAACUAUUUUGAUGAGUAAUUUCUAACUAUUUGAGAAUUUUCAAAAUCAGCUUAUCACUUCUAAAUCAUAUAUUUUCUCAAUUAACAGUUAUAAACUAAUUAUAAAUAAUAUAACAAUUAAUUGCUCUAAAAAUAUUAAUUAUUUUACUUUAUUCAAUACUUAUUAAAUUGAAAUAGAAAAUUUAUAUUAUUAUAGUGCAUUUGAGAAACAGAAAAUCAAAUUAUCUCUAAAAUGCUUAGAGGAAGUUCAUUUUAACUCUCAUUUAUUAAAUAUUUAAGGAUUUACUCGUUUAUCAAUUCAUAAUUUCACCGUAUAAAAUUAAUUUAACAGAGAUUAGCCAAUAAUUUCAAUUUAUUCAAAUAUUUUUAAUUUAAUUGAAGAAUAAGAAAUAAUUUAAAUUAAUAAUUUAUAAUUUAUUGGGAAUUCACUAUAAAAAAUAAAGAUUGGAUAACUUUUAUCAUUAAUUAUAAUUUUUUCUGAGAAAAAUUAAAAUAUCUCAAUAAAAAACAUUAAGUUUUAAGAAAAUGUAUUACACUAAUAUAUGGAUGACUCUUCUUAAAAUAUUGCAAGUCUAUUUUUUAUACAUUCCUAAUAAAGUUAUUUAUAUAUUUAAAAUUUAUUUUCUAAAAACAACAUUUUAACAAACUCUUCCAAUACAUUUAUUAAUUUAUUUUUGAAUGAAAUUUUCAUAUCAGAUUUAGUUGUCGAAAAUCAUAAUUUAAUUUAGUAAGAUAUAUGGAAUAAGGUUUUUCAAAUUUAAUUAGAAUAAAAUGUAAAUUAAGAUUAACUCAACCAAAUCAUAAACAAACUCUUGAUAAUUUAAAAUAUUGGAGGAGCAUUAUAAAUUAUUGCACAAUAAUGUCAGAUAAUCAACAGUUCUUUUAAAAACUUACUUGCUUACAAAAGUUUGGUAAUUAAUUUAAAAACAUAAGGGAAAGGAAUUGUGAAUCUGAAAAACUUAAAAAUGAUGCAUAUAUACAAUAUUAAUUUAAAUAGCACUGAAAAUGAUGGAAGUAUAACAAUCUUUUCCUAGUAUAGUCUUUUAAAUUUUCAAUUUGUUGAUAUUAUUUUUUUUGAUGUGCUCAAUAAUUUGGGUUCAUCAAUUCUAGCUCUAACACCAUCGUCAAAAUAAAAUAAAAUUUUAAUAAAAAACAUAAACAUAGAAAACUGUUUUUCUCUUUUAAAUUUAUUCUUGAAAGCACAUUUUUCAACUAACUUUUAUGAAGAAAAUUAAAUAUUAAUCAUAAAUUAAAAAAUAAAACAAAGUAAAACUUCAUUUAUUGGAUACCUUAAAAAAUUAGGCACAUUAAAUCAUUUUUUAACCUAAAAUAUACUAUAAGAUAAUUCAAUAAUAAAUUUAUAAGGAUGCAGUUUAUCAAUUGACAAAUUUGUGAUUGAAGGUGUUAUUUUAUCUUCAAUUUUAAAAAUAGAAGAUUCUCAACAAUUAAAGAUGAACAAUUUUUAUAUUUAUAAAGUCGAAUUACUCUUUCAAGUUAAUUUAUUUCAAAUUGUUUAAAAGUCUAUAAAAACAAUUUUUUCUUUGUUAAAUAUUGUUUUUUAAAGUAUUACAAGUUUCAAUCUAAUAAAUAUUGAUUUAAAAUAUUAAUUUAUUAGUAUUGAACUAUAAUAAUUGAAAUGUAAUUUAGAAAAUAUAACUUAUAGUUUUUAUGAGAAAGAAAGUGAUAUCAGGAUUUUUUAAGAGAAGGUAAUCACAUUUCAAAAUUUAAACAAUUUCAUACUAUUUUUCCAAACUUAAUCGAAUACAAAUCGCAUAUAAUUAUCCUAAAUUUAAAUAUUUAAUAAUGAUUUGUAAAAUUUUUUGAGUGGCAUCAUAUACUUUAAUUUGAUUAACUAUUCAGAAAUAAAUAUAAAAGAUCUUUUUUGUUUUAACAACAUCAUUAAUUCAUUUGGAUGUAUUUUUGUUGAUUCUAAUAAAUAAUCUAACUCAAUUGUCAAAAUAUGGAAUUCCCUUUUUUUAAAAAAUAAUGGAGGCACUGGUUCAGCAAUACGAGUUCAUAAUACAAUAUUUUUCUUGUCAAACUCGAAAAUAUUAAAUAACACAGCAAAAUAUGAAGGUGGGGGACUUUAUAUAUCACAAGAAAAUCAUCAAAUUAUGUUUAAUCAAACUUUAAUAAUCAAUAAUAAAGCAAAUUAAGCAGGAGGGAUUUUUUUAAAUACCUUUAAUACGCUUAAUUCUAUAAAUUUUUCCAAAUCUAUAGUUUACUUUAAUCAAGCUUCUUUACCACCAAAUAAUAUCCAAGAAUUACCCAAAUUUUUGGAAUUAUAAAUAAAUUUUUUAGAAAUGAAAUCAAUUUAAAUAAAUAUAGACGGUUUCUAAAUUUAAACUUUGCAGAUAAAUCCUUAUAAAGUAAUAGAGUAAGGUAAAUUAAUUAAAACAAAACUAUUAAUGCUUCCAAGCAAUCAAAUAAUUAAAGAUUAUCAAAUUUUUAAUACUCAACUUUAAUCUUUUCGAUAAUAUAUUGAAUAGAUAACAAUUUUAUUUAAAAAUAGUAUGAAUGAAUAACUCAUUAAUUUUAUUAACUCUAUUUGUGAAAUUAAAUAAUAAUUAGGAUAAAAUGAUAAUUUUCAUACAAUCAAGUCAGAUGAAAUAAAAUUUGAUAAUAGUUUAAAUUCUUUUGAUUUAAGCACUAAGUCUUUCUCUUUUGAUCCUUUGAUAUCUGAUAAAUUUGUAGAGUAAAUUUUAAUAGGAUGUAAAGUAGAUAAUUCUACGUAAGAAUUAUAAUAUAGAAUAUAAAUUAAAACAUUUAAAUGUUAAUUAGGAGAAUUUUAUAUUGAACAUAAAUGUUAACUCUGUCAACCCAAAUAAGGUUAUUAUUCUGUUACUUACAAUACUACAAAAUGUUCGAUUUUUGAUAGUAAAAAGUUCGAAUCAAUAACAUCAAAUUAAAUCUAACUUAAAAUUGGUUAUUGGAGGCCAAAUUAUCUUUCUGAUGAUAUAGAAGAUUGCUUUAAAUUCAAAGAAUCUUGCUUUGGAGGUUGGAUGGUUGGUGAUUCUCUAUGCUAUUAAGGUCAUAUUGGAGGAUUAUGUGAAGAAUGUGAUAGAUUCAAUGUUAGGGGGGAUGGAUUGUUUUUUAAAAAUUAAUACAAUUCACUAUGCUAUUUAUGCGGAAAUGAUUCUAAUCAUUUCCAAUUUUUUAUUUUGGCUUCUUUGUGGUAUUUAAACUUAAGUUAUUUAGGGCUAUUUUUUCAACUCUAUUUACAUUGAAUAGUAUUGAUAAAUCAAAUAGGUUAUUUUCAAUUUUGAAAAUUAGGUAAAGGUUUGCAAGGAUAAUUUUUAAAUUAAGUUAAGGUAAAUUAUUUUUUUUUUAUAUAGAUCAUGCAAGUAUUUUAUUAAAAUUGUUUCUCAACUAUAUUUGGAUAUUUUCAGUAAUAUUUUCAUUUAAUAUUAAAUUUUCUUUUUCUUUUAGCUUUAUUGAUCAAACAAGCAAUCCAUCAUUUUUUAUGGCUAAUAGUUUGGAUUGUUAUUUAUCUGAAUUUUAAGAAAUUUAAUUGAUCUAUUUGAGAAUUAUAACUAUGUUUCUAUUAUUGGCCUGUUUGUUUAUUGCUAUCUACAUUGGAUUUAAACUUUAUUCACUGAUAAAACAUAAAAAAUUUCAAACCAGCUUUUUAUCAAUAACAGCACUUUAUAUUUUUGUAUCUAAUUAUCCAGCUUUUAUUAAACAGUAAAAUCAUUAAUUAUAAAAGAUUUUUCUCAUUAUUGGCCAAGAGAUAAAUUUCAUAAAUAGAUUUUAUUUAAGGCGAUGUUUCAUUACAUUAUGGAACAGAAACUCAUAUUAAUUGGAUUAUAAGUUUUAUAAUUCCAGGACUAGCAUUAAUAGGGAUUAUUUUGCCUCUUUCACUUUUAGCAUUAUUGUACUUUAAAAGAGAUCAACUAGAAAAUAUAAAUCUAAGAAAACACAUAUGCUAUUUAUUUAAUGAGUAUGAUAGACUAACUUAUUAUUGGGAAUGGAUCAAACUUGGAGAAAAAACUGUUAUUAUAAUCAUUUUAACUUAUUUUGAAACAGAUAUUUAUUUAAAAUCUUCACUUUUAGGAAUGUGUUUACUAUUUUAUUAAAUUUAUGCUUAGAAACAUAGACCUUAUAUUAUUUAAAAUUUAAAUAAUUUGGAUGUAUAAACUGGAUAAAUUUGUUCAAUAGCAAUUUUUUUGGCAGUAAUAAAAUAUAUUACUGAGUAACAGAAUAAUAUUGUUAUGUCACUAAUUUUAUAAGCAAUUUUAGUCAUAUUUUUUAUUUUAUUAAGUUAUCCUUUUUUAAAAAAUAUUAUCCAGUUUUAUCAUAAGAAAUAUUAUCUUCUAUUCUUAAUUAAUUUAAACAAAUUAAUUAAAUUGAUCAAAAUUUCUUUUCUAACUAAAUGUUUAAAUGUUAAAAUCCAUAAAAUGAAUUAAAAAGAAUAAAAGUUAACAGAAAAUUAUGCAAAAUUGAGAAAUCAUUUAAUUUAUAUAUCUAAAUUUUAGUUAGAAUAGCAAAAGUAUUAAAUAAUUAUUUAAAAAGAUCCUUGACUGCUUUGCUAACAUCUUAAUCAUUAGUUAGGAAUAAAUUGUUUAGUUUUGAUUUUAAUCAUUAAAAAAUUCUAAGAGACGCUAAUAAUUGA